CGAUACCCGGGAGUCCUGCGUUACCAGGUGUGGGUUCUACCUACAAGAGCUACGAGAAAGCAAGUGCCGUGUGUAUUAACAGUGAUCAUUGUCCGCUGUGGAAGUGAAGGACAUGAGGAAUUUAAUUAAGCAGCUGCUCAGUGGCCACAAAGUCAUGUCUGAAAAGGUAGAAAGUUCCCUCAAGCUUGACCUUCGGAUGGAUGGAUCCUUCCUUGCUCUGAUGCUGGCAUUUUGUGCCACUGAAGAACUGUGACUAAGCUGCAGAGAAGGGCAGCAGAGCCAGAAGUAAACCUCGUAUUUUCUAGAUCCAGGCUAUUCUUCAUAAGAGAGAGUCAAACACAAAUUCUGUGGAGAAUCUUCAAGAGAAAAGCCUUCGAGAGUCUGGAGAGGUGACUCAGAAACCAAGAACACCCCUGGCUCUUGUAAGUUCGGUUCCCAGCACCCACAUGGUGGCUCACCACUCAUCACUCCAGUUCUAGGAGAGCCAAGGACCUCUUUCACCUCCAUCAGGACCAGACAGGCAUGUGCUACAUAGACAUCCUUGCAGGCCAAACACUUAACACAUGAAAUAAAAAUCUUUAAAGUGAGAAAAAGAGAAAAGACUUCAGGAUUUUUCCGAGUGGCUAAUUUUGAAAGAAAUGGCCAGUCAGUAGCUGGAAGUUGAGUUUAUAUUGUAACUCUUCAAUAAGUACACACAGACGCUGAAGUAGAUUGCUGUCAAAAGUGGGGAGAAGCAUCUUGCCAUAUUUCCAAAAACUGUAAAUUGCAGUGACUCUUUAAAGUUAUUUCACCAACAUUUAAAGUGAAAAAAAAAAUUAUCUUUGAAAUCCCAAGCCAAAUGACCAGAUAGGUCACCUCUGAGAUGUGUAAGGAGCCUCAGAAGCAGGGAAAAGUUCUCUCUGUAACUGAAGAAAGAGGGAGAGAAAAGGAAUAAGAGAGAUUGUCAUCCCAUAUACCACUGUUCAGAGACUCCUCAAGUCAAGCUUCCACCUGAUAUAACAGAACUGGCACUUCCAGCGUUCUCUGCCGAGACAACUGGCCAAAAAUGUCUCCUUUGACUGUAACAGUAAAGACAUUUUUAGAUGGAUGUCACCAUUAGUCACUUGGAGUCUUCAGAGAGAAGACACACAGGAAUCCUGUGACUGGUGAUUUCAAGGAGAUGCUUAUCACCAACCCAGAUGGUCACCUCUUCAAGAAAAGCCCCACUUCUGAGCGUGAUCGGUGUGGUGAGGACUUCAUUCAGAGCUCAGAACUAAUGAGUCAUCAGAGAGACCACCUAAAAGAAAAAGCCUGCGGGCAGGAGCAUUGUGGGAGGGGCUUCACCGGCCAAUCAAGUCCCGUUUCCCAUCAGGCAGUCCACAUGGCUGAGAAACCUUACAAAUGCGACAAGUGUGGGAAGGGCUUCACCAGGAGCUCGAGUCUGCUUGUCCAUCAUUCAGUCCAUACAGGUGAGAAACCUUUCAAGUGUGACAGGUGUGGGAAGGGCUUCAGCCAGAGCUCGAAGCUCCACAUCCACCAGAGAGUCCACACCGGAGAGAAGCCGUAUGAGUGCGAGGAGUGUGGUAUGAGCUUCAGUCAGCGAUCCAACCUGCAUAUCCACCAACGUGUCCACACGGGAGAGAGGCCCUACAAGUGUGGGGAGUGUGGAAAAGGCUUCAGCCAGAGCUCGAACCUCCACAUCCACCGGUGCACCCACACGGGAGAGAAGCCGUACCAGUGUUACGAAUGUGGGAAAGGCUUCAGCCAGAGUUCAGACCUUCGGAUCCACCUCCGAGUACACACUGGGGAAAAGCCCUACCACUGUGGCAAGUGUGGGAAGGGCUUCAGCCAGAGCUCCAAACUCCUCAUCCAUCAGAGAGUCCACACGGGAGAGAAGCCGUACGAAUGCAGCAGAUGUGGGAAGGGCUUCAGCCAGAGCUCAAACCUCCACAUCCACCAGCGGGUUCACCGGAAGGAGCUUCAUUAAGUAACAUGAGCCCACUCAGAAGACUUUUAUUGUAAAGACAAAUAUUUUUCACCGCCGUGUGUGCAUAUCAGAGGCAGCAUGCUUGCCUAGCAUGUAUCAGACCUUGAGUUUGAGCCCUGGUAGCCCACACACGGUUUCCAGCUUAUUAAUACUUUGUACGUGUAGGAACGUGUGUUCAUGCAGAGAGGGGUAUGUGUGUUGUGCUGGUGUAUGCAUGCAUGUGUGCACGCACGUGUGUGGAGGUCUGAGAAUAUCUCAGGGGUUUAUCACAUUCAGUGUGAGACUGAGGAUUUGUCUGUCACUCAUGGUAUGGAAUGUCACCAAGUAAGCUAGGCCAGAGUCCCAAGAAUCUGUCUCCACUUCCCAGCUCACCGUGGCUAGAGUUACAGGUGUGUGCCACCACACCCAACCUUUUUAUGUAGAUUCUGUCUCAAGCUUUCUAGACAAGAGCUUUGCUGCCUGAGCUAUCUCCUAGGGCACCAGUUUAAUACGUUCAACUCUUAGGUUUGUAUUCCUCAAAGGAAAGAAAUAGUUAAGGGUUAUUCCAAUAUAGCCCUUCACAGAAGAAAUCAAUCCGAGUACCCAGCACAUUUUAUGUUAUACAGUGAAUGGAUUACUCUGGUUCCUCAUAUGGGUAGACUGUAUAAUGCAAUUCUGCCAGUGUUGUUAGAAGUAUAUUCCACAAUUUUACCUGCAAGAACUCUGUAUUUUUCCAAGCACAGCAUGGUUCCCUUCGUUCAUAUUCUCUGAGAAAUUGGAAUUCAUGUUUCCCCUGAAAUUAUGUGCCUUGUUUUUCAUAUUCCACUUAAGUUCUAAAUAGCCCUCUUUAAACUGUGACCAUACAAUGUGUCCAUUCGCCGGGCAUGGUGGCACACACCUUUAAUCCCAGCACU